UCUUCUUUUCAUCCUCUCUAAAAUUUUCUUUGUAAAACCAACAAAAAGACCAUAUAAUACUAACAUGUGUAUAUCAUCUCAUAACAUCUACACUUUUAUGCAUAACAAGCAAUCAAGGCGAUGUAAGAUUCAACUUCCCAGGCUCACAAGGAGGAGGAUCAGAUGUCAAGAAGAAGUUGGAAAAGACAUGGUACUGAAGAAUUUGAAGCUGUAUAUUGAGAACAUCACCAUCUUGGAGGAGAAUGAGAAAUUAAGAAAGAAGGCCAGUCUUCUUCAUCAAGAAAAUCUUGAGUUGAUGUCUGAAAUUCAGAAGAAGUUCGCUCCUUCUGAUCGUGUCUCGACAACCCUUGAUCUGUUGCUUCACAACAAAGAAAACCAGUGAAAAUUGACUGCUCCUUUCUUCUUUGCUGUAAUAUUUCUUCUACUCGUAUCAGCUUUUUGGAACUCUACUAAACUAGAAUAAGGUAGGCAAGAGCAUGUUGACUGAGGAACGGGAAUGGGAAUCCGAGUGGAAUAUUGUAAGUUGUUAGCAAGUCAGUUAAAUUGAUAUUGUCCAGACUACAUCCUUAUUUUAUCCUACUGUUGCAUUUCUUCUUUGA